CUUUCCAAGAAGAACUUCGUCGUUACGAAAUCCAGUGUGUUCACAAGCAGAGCAAGGAGACUUUUUUGGAGAAAACAGAACUUAAGAUGAGCAACGACGAUUCACGACUCGGUGACUCGACUCGUUCGACGGAAGAAGAUGGCCACGACGGUGGAAACCACACGCCUUACGAGUCUCGUUUCCAGUCGCAGCGAUUUGACUCGUCCUUCUCCGAUUUUGACUCCCAACCUGAGAAAGACUCACCAGGCGGCGAUUCGUCUCCUCACUCUAACGAAGGAGAUUUCUCGUCAUCGCAGAAGGAACUACCAGAAAAUCAAUCUCCGCCGUUUGUAAACAGUUCAGAACCUACGAACGGUCCGAUCUUGCCGCCUCCAUCGGUCAUGGAGAAAGAGGAAGGUUUCGCUCUCAGGGAGUGGCGAAGGCUAAACGCUCUGAGAUUGGAAGAGAAGGAGAAGAAGGAGAAAGAAAUGGUUCAGCAGAUUAUAGAAACAGCAGAGCAAUACAAGGCCGAGUUCUAUAGCAAGCGUAGCAUAACUGUUGAAAACAACAAGAAAUCCAACCGCGAGAAAGAGAAGUUGUUUUUGGAGAACCAAGAAAAGUUUUAUGCUGAAGCUGAGAAAAACAAUUGGAAGGCGAUUGCGGAACUCAUUCCUCGUGAAGUACCGGUUUUGGAGAAGAAAGGGAAGAGUAAGAAAGCUUCCAUAACUGUGAUACAAGGACCAAAACCAGGGAAACCCACUGAUCUUUCUCGUAUGCGUCAAGUGCUUACGAGACUCAAGCACAAUCCACCUUCUCAUAUGAAGCCUAAGUUGCCUACGCCACCUUCUCAAGUUGAUCCGUGAGUCCAAACGGGUCCGCAGGUUCAAAGAAGCUGUAGUUUGUUUCUGUGACAAGUUAACUUCUUCUUUAUUUUGUGUAAAGCCGUCUGCAAUGUGUUAGCCUCGAAUUUUGCUUCUUUUGGUUACGUUUCUCUGGUCUUAGCAUUCCCACACAGUUUUUAACUUUGAUGUUUAUAUUCAAUAAUCAAUAAUAAGACAGACCAUAAUGUGUGUA